UACGGAGUAGAUCUUGCAUUGCGCCAAUCUUCACCUUGCGCGAUAGCUCGGAGAUUACCCUUCGAAAUCUUACGGCAUCAUUGCUCAACACUCGGCAAAUCUCGUGGAGUUGUCAAGUCUUUGUUGUGACGGAGGGUCAGCACCAUAACUCUACCUGGAAACUUACCGAUCUCUGUGCGUCGGAAAUAUGAGUCUUUUCGGAUCAAACACGCAAACAGCACAAGCACCUUCGACGGGACUAUUUGGCUCCGGUCAAAAUGCUGCACCAUCCGCGGGAAGUGUCUUCGGCUCAGCUUACAAGCCAAGCACGACGCCAACACUAGGAGGUGGAUUAUUUGGACAAGGCGCUGCCCAGGGUGCUCAAGCAAAUGGCAAUUCGAGCGGGUUUGGCUCAGGUGCUGCUGCCUCGAGCGGUUUCGGAUCCAAUGCGAAUGCAAAUGGCAGUCAACCACAGAGCACAGGGGGCCUUUUCGGCUCGACCGCCAUCAACACCCAGCCCGCUUCGGGAGGUCUCUUUGGAAACGCAAAUACAAGCAACAAUAAUGGAGGUAACAACCAGGCUACUGGUAACAGCUUGUUCGGAGCCAGCCUAAAUCAACAACAACAACAGCAACAACAACAACAACAACAACAAACGACCGGUGCCUCACUAUUCGGCGGUGCACAGCAAUCGAAUGCGCAAAGCGCGCCUUCUCUGUUCGGUAGUACUUUGAGCGCAAGCAAUGCGAAUAAACCCUCACUCUUUGGAAGUGCACCGUCGCUGAAUAUGCAGCCACCUCAGCAGCAGGCUUCACAGCAACUAGGCGGUUCUGUCUUCAGCCCACCUACCGUCAGCGUGGGUGCGCAAGGACACCUCAUCCCGUCCGCUUCACUUCAGCGGUUGCAAAUGAGUGGCUUCUCGACUGUACCCAACGAACGAAAGAUCGCCGAUCAGAUCAGAACGUUGACCAACAAAUGGAAUCCACAGGACGGCAACACGUUAUUGAAGGCUUACUUGUACAAUGCAGUCGACAAGUCAUACGCUCCCUUUUUCUACCCAGAUGCUCAGUCAGGCGAAGACGAGCAAGGCUGGGAAGAGGCACUCAACCAAAGACCAACCAUGCCAAAGGUUGAAGGCGCUGAGGCGACUGCUCUAGCUUUCGUGCCCGUGCUAUGUCGUGGCUUCAAAGCUCUUGGCGACAGAGUAGAGACACAAGCCAAAAGCGUGCUCGAAAUGCGGAAUCGACUCCAUGAGAUGAACAAUUCCUUAAGUGCCGUCAUGGACAAGCACCAGCAGUCUAUCACUGUUAGGAUAGAGAACGCUAAGAGACAACACCAAGUUCUUUCACAACGAUGCUUGCAUCUGGCUGUCAAAGUGCAAGUACUACGCAACCGCGGCUAUGCACUCGACGCUGCAGAGGAAGGGCUGCGCAGGACACUUAUCGAUCUAAACCAACGAGUGCACGAUGACGGUCUAUCUGGGCGCGAGGAUGAAAUUUGGGCUCGAAUGGUUGCACUGCGCGAGCGAACACGUUGGCUAGAAGAGGAGGGCAAGAGAGUUGCUGCGCAAAUCGAUACACAGCAACAGCAGAGGCAGAAUGGUGCUGGAAGCGGGGGCAACAACUCCGACUCGAUUCCGCAGCACGUUCUCCUCAAGACGCGGAAGAUCAUGAAGGACUACCACGACCAAUUGACGCAUUUGAGCAAGGAGUUAGAAGAAGUUACGCAGGAAUAUGCGCGCUACCAGAGCGCGCAGCGGUGAAAGAGACGGGAUGUUCCACAUAGCGCUGCUCAACUCCGCCUCCAGCCGUCAAGAUUACGAAACUAUUUUGAGCAUCCUUACGUCUUUCCGAACGAUUGACGAAUGGCGUUGCCAAGUUCGAUUUCAUAUGGAGUCUUGUGAAGGCACGGUCCCCAUCAACAUAUAUAGCGAAGGCGUUGAAAUUUUCGUGAUUGUCGUUUGGGACACUCUACUGUACACUAUCCUUCCACUUCGCCUCUUAUGACAACGGCUAUGCAUUGCUCGGGAUGAUAUCAUCUCCAGAAUGAACCCUUCUUCGCGGUUGCGCCCAAAUAGAAUGACAUGUGCGAAUUCAUAACCCCAGCUCUU